UUUAAAAUAUAUCAUUCUUCCCUUCAUUUGAAAAAAAAAGGCUGAACCCCCUCUCUCUCUAUCUCACCCCAUUUCUCUCUAUCUCACCCCCUUUCUCUUCUCCGGCCUAGCUCCCACCGAUGGCUGCUGUGCCGGUCGACAAUAGCCGGCGUCGGCGUCGCCGCGCACGGUGGCUGGCGAAGGUACAAAAGUUCCCUUUUAUAGAUCUCAACCCCCUGAAUUCAAGUCCAGCUUCAAAACAACCAAAAAACAAAGGAAAAAGGCCGUCCACGUUCUCAACGUCCGAUUUUGGCACCGGAGAAGAAGCCUCCGACGACAAAUACGCGGAUCGACUCCAGGCGGUCAGAGCAGGUGGGCAAAGGUGCGGCGUUGGUCAGAGACGACGGUGGCAGGGCAAGGGUCAGAAGACCCUAGGUGCGGUGCACCUAGGGCUAGGGUUUCCAGACCUUUUUUGCUUUGGGCCAUUUGGGUUGUGUUGGAUUUGGUUGGGUUAGGGGUAUUGGGCUAGGUCAUUGGGUUGAAUUGGGUUUGGGUAUUUUAGGUAUUGGGCUUGUGGGUUGUUGGGUUUAAUUAGUGGGCUGUUAAAAUUUUCUGAUUUGGGCCAUCUAAUUCGGGUUUGUAAUUGGGCUCUGUAAUUAAGUUUGGGUAUUGGGCCGGGCAAAAUUUGGGCUGUACAUUACCCAUGGCCCUUUCUAUUUUUUUAACGUUUCCUUUCUAUUUUAAUGUCUAAAGUUGAAAAGCCCAAUCAAUUUAUCUUUAGAUUAGGUUGGAUAA